UAUUCCUCGGACGCAAACACACCUACAUUGGCGAUACGAAACAUGUGGCUGUUUAGAUUAUGAUCUUACUCCCAUAGCGACAGUACAGCUGCGAUUAGCCGCCUCAACUUCAGAGCUUGCACGUAAUGGUUGGCGGAGGCAUCUCGAAAGUUCAUCGCUGUGAGAAACAGAUAUAAAACAGGUACAGCCGCCUGUCUUCAAACUCUCUACGCUCUUCCUCCAAACAAGCCUUGCAUUCUUCGGUCGUUGACCUCACACUCUUUACUCGCAUCGUUCUUCAUAGAUUGAAGCUGGAAUAACGACACACUAUCUUUUAACAUUCAUUAUCAUUGAUCUGGAAUCUGUCUUAUCAUGUUCGUUCUUCAAGUUUCUGCUCUGAUCGGAGCCCUUGCUACUUCGGUCGCGGCUCAUGGUCGUGUCAUUGAGGUCGUUGCCGAUGGUGUCUGGUACCAAGGAUACGAUCCUAGCUUUCAGUAUCAGCCAAGCCCUCCUACUGUCAUCGGAUGGACUGCCCCUGAAACACAAGACAAUGGAUUUGUUGCUCCAGAUGCUUACGCCAACCCUGAUAUCAUCUGCCAUAAAGGAGCGACCCCUGGAGGAGCGUCUGCAAAGGUCGCAGCCGGAGGCACUGUUUCUCUUUUCUGGUCGGUCUGGCCGGAAAGUCAUCAUGGGCCUGUGAUUGACUAUCUGGCCAAUUGCGAAGGGAAUUGUUCCGCGGUUGACAAGACAUCUCUGAAUUUCUUCAAAAUUAGUCAAGGUGGUGUUGUCGACGGAUCUACCGCGCCUGGUACAUGGGCAUCUGAUGAACUCAUUGCCAACAACAAUACUUGGGAAGUCACGAUUCCAACCGACAUCGCGCCGGGAAACUAUGUGCUUCGCCACGAGAUAAUUGCUCUCCACUCUGCUGGACAAGAUAAUGGCGCCCAGAACUAUCCUCAGUGUAUCAACCUGCAAGUCACAGGAACUGGCGCCAACAAUCCUGCCGGCGUAGCAGGUACUGCUUUAUACAAGUCCACCGACCCUGGAAUUUUGUUCAACCUCUACUCAGCACCCAUCGAGUACACAAUCCCUGGUCCGGCCCUCAUCUCAGGAGAAAUAUCUGGUGCGCAGCCAAGUGGAGGUACAUUGAGCGUGGCUCCAACCUUGUCUCCCACUCCUGUCGACCCUUCUCAGCUACCAAGCUCCGCAUUUACGUCGUCUCCUGUUGUGGUCCCGUCCUCAGGACCUUCUUCGAUCAAGUCCGAAGUGGUUCCUACGUCUGCAUUUGAGCCCAUCACUCAAGCAUCUCCGUCCUCGAUCAUCACAGUCACAAGUUACAUCGAUGUCAGCGACUGCGCCGCUCCAACUGCUGCUCCUGCAUCAUCCUCCGAUGAAUUACUAGCCCCUUCACCAGUUGCCAUCACUGCUGCGGUUGCGGCGGAUACCACACCCACUUCGAGCGUCGUACUGCCUACCGCCCUUGUUUCUCAGAUCGAUGAGAUUCUUACAGUCAUUCCGUCUGGCUUUUUGAACAGUCCUUUCCCUGCCAUUCCAAGCCCGACCCCUGGCUCCGAUGCUAAUACACCUCCACUACCAGAAGGUACUACGUUGAAAGAUCUUCUCGACUGGCUCUCGUACAUACUGCACAAGUACUUCAAGCAUGGCGGGGAAAGGAACCAUGCCAGGGACUUGUUUAGGUAAAUGGGACGAUCAAGACACGUAAAAUUGAGGAAAGGGGAUUCUGAUCGUUGAAUACUUGAUACUGGUUGUACCUACAUUCUGAAGGGAUUUUGUUCGUUAUGUACAUAUAUUCAUAUAAAC